CCAGCCCGUCGUCAGACCAAAGCAGUCGACUCGGCUUAGCACCUCUCGACCCAACCUGAACACAAAAGUACAGAGAAAGAGGCUGAUAUUUAAGUCAGAAGCGAUACUGAGACUCCUCAGGAUGAUCAAACAACAUGCAGCUGUUGACUUACACGUGAAAUGAGACGUAGUUCUGCAUUCAGCCUGGUUUUCAUCUAAGCUUCUGCCUUUGGGCCUUAUAUUUACCCUCUCGUGCUGUUUUAAUCAAAUGUGUGGUUGAAGAUGACCUCAAGGAGGACGUUUGGAGUGAAGCCUGAGGUUUCUGAAGAGAAAGAGGAAUAUGUGACACCAAACGGCUACGAGCUGGAGAAACACCUCACACACGGCAGCGUCGCCUACACACACGUCAAUGAGGUCUGGCCCAACGUCUACAUAGGAAACGAAGAAGCAGCAAAGGACCGAUACAAGCUGAAGACGAUGGGCAUCACGCACGUCCUGAACGCUGCGGAGGGCGAGUGGAACAGUGUGGAUACCGGCGCUGAAUACUACAGAGACAUGGACGUGCAUUACUACGGGAUCACGGCGGAGGACGUUCCUACGUUUAACCUCAGCCAGUACUUCUAUUCUGCUGCAGAACACAUCCACCAGACCCUCAGAAACCCCCAGAAUAAGCUUCUGAUUCACUGCGUGAUGGGCCGCAGUCGCUCCGCCACACUCUUCCUGGCCUACUUGAUGAUCUACGAGCACAUGACAGUUGUGGACGCCAUCGACCACGUUAAACGCCGGCGGCGCAUCAUCCCAAACUGGGGCUUCCUGAAGCAGCUGAGAGAUCUGGACACACACCUGCUGGAGCAGAGACGAGCUCAAAACACACGAGCGGACGACAGCACAGAUACCUAAACACAAACACUAAACACAUUUACUGAAAUUAGAUAAGAGCUAUUUCUGUUUACAAUUCUGGAUGUAGACAAUGGCAGCCAGUGAAUAGUGUUAAAAGUUUUAGGUUAAAUCUGGCUCUAUGCAAAUGAAACAUAAGAGGGAAUGCUAGAAGAAAGCUUUUUCCAGGUUUUAGAGCGUCUUCCUAUCCAAUUACGAGAAUACACACACACACACACACACACACACACACACACAGCAGGGUUACGAAAUAAAUUAUUUGAAAUAAAAAUUAAAUAAAUAAAUUAUAUAAAACCUUUAACUUAAUUUGUUUCAUUUAGUUGCCAAACCAACAUUUCUAAUUUGAGUAUUUCUACACACACACACACAUAUAUAUA